AACGGAGAAAAGCUCAUUUUGAGUUCGCAAAGUUCCCGAAACAGAAAGCAAAAUGAAGUUGUUGAUGGUCCUCACAUUGGCUGUACUGAUUGCCCACGUGGCGGUGGCUCAAGUAACGAGCGAUCCUGAUUAUGCGUACGAUGAAUCGGAUUUGGCUGAGGGUGACUAUCCUGAGGACUCGGCAGAUGGUUCCAACACUGGCGUAGAAGAGAGCGGAGAUGGCGAUGACGCUGACGCUGACGCUGACAGCGGUUCUGAUGAUACUGAAGAUGAUGAUGAAUCGGAAGCCAUCACAGUUGCCCCAACGCCAAAGCCAAAGACCCAAAACAAACCCAAGAAAAAUGCUGCCGCCAAAAAGAACAACAACAAGAGGAACAACGUGGCACCCAAGCGUCGCGCUGCAGCGGCCAAGAAGCAGCAACAGGCCAAGAAGCAAGCCGCUGCCAAGAGGCGGACACCUGUUGCAGCCAAGAAGCGGACCAACGCUGCUGCUGCCAAUAAUCGCAGGCGCUCUGGUUAAACAUUUGCAUGAAAAUAAUAAU